UCACCGCCAAACAUAGGUAAUCCGCGCGUGUAUUUAAAUGGUUAUACUGUGUCUCAGCCCGUUAGUUCCUGAAGGUGUGACAGUAAGAGAACUCUGUGGUUCACGAGAUCGUGUAUAAUGUCUAUCCACGAGAAUAAGGAUAACACUGACAACUUUCGCUCAACACUUGCCCAGGUUGUAGCAACGCUCGCAUUAAGCUGUCUGUCGUUCAGUAUUGGUUUCGUAGCAGUGAUGCCAACCAUCGUAAUAGGAGCUCUCAGAAACGAUACCUCACCUCUCGGCAUGUCAGAGACUGCUGCUUCUUGGUUUGGAAGUGUUAUGUUCGUUAUGCAACCUAUGGGUAGUGGUGUGUCAGCCUUCCUGCAAGAUAUUUUGGGCAGGAAGACUUGCCUCAUGGCCGUUAACAUUCCAAAUUUAAUUGCCUGGACCAUCAUAUACUUCUCGACAUCAACCGUUCAUCUCUUUAUGGCUGUCAUAAUCAUAGGAAUUGCGAUGGGUUUCCUUGAAGCCCCGAUCCUUUCUUAUGUCGGAGAAAUCACGCAGCCACGGCUGCGAGGCAUUCUCACUAGUUUCUCCGGAGUGUUUUCCACCAUUGGAAUGAUGAUUUUGAGUUCCCUUGCAACUGUGAUGGAUUGGCGAAACUUGGCUCUUAUCAGCAUGAGCGGUCCAGUGAUGGCUUUAGUUGCGUUGGCAUUUGUUCCCGACUCUCCCGCCUGGCUCGUGAGUAAAGGUAGAGUGAGUGACGCAGAAAAAGCCUUCCAGUGGCUGAGAGGAUGGGUACGACCAGAGGACGUAAAGCAUGAGCUAGCUGCUAUAGUCAAUUACGUGAAGGAGACUCAAUCCCUGAAGAUUAUAGACAAUAUUGAGUACAAGGCCGUUCCUAAUAAAGAAAACCCUGUUACAACCAAUCCCCAGGGACGGCUACAGCUAUUGAUGGAACCCAGAGUUAGAAAGGCUUUCCAAAUUGUGUUCAUCUACUUUACCAUAAUGGCCUGUGCAGCGCUUCUGGCUAUGAGACCAUACUUCAUUGAGAUUCUCAAGGACAUUGGUUCACCUAUAAGACCUCAUAUUGCAUUGGCAUUGUGCAACGCUCUUCAACUAGUGGGAGCUAUUUGUGGUGGUGUGCUCAUGAGGAUACUGGGAAAACGUCGUUUGUCGUUUCUUUCCCUGGGUUUGAGCGUGUUUUGCUGCCUAACUCUUGGCUUAUAUCUAAGCUACCGGCCAGAAUUCCCUUGGAUACCAGUUGCCCUCUUCUGUCUAUCCUACUUUGCAGGACCUCUGGGCAUCUUUGUUAUACCUUGGAUCCUUAUUAUGGAAUUGUUUCCACUCAGAGCCCGAGGAAUGGCUGGAGGUAUCUGUGGUGCGGUUGCUCACGGACUUUUCUUCACCACCACUAAGACCUACUACAGCCUCGUACACCUCGUGGAUAUCUCAGGGGCGUGCUACUUUUACGGUGCUGUGGGUGUCCUAGGGUUAAUUUACCUCUACUGGGACCUACCAGAGACAGAGGGUGUCAGUUUGGAGGAGAUAGAGAGGAAGUUUGGUGAGAGGCGGAACUCUAAACAGUACCGGAGUCCUUAGCUAUAGUCUCGAGUACACUGAGGGGACUGUAUAGAGAAGUUUAAAACAUGGAACGAGAACUAGAAUAUGGAAACAUGGUAUUAGCUUUGAUACUUUUACUUACCUGUACAUAUUGUUUAUACGAAUAUUUAUUUAUUAAUUAUUAUAAGUUGUGCUUCAAUAAAAUCUUUUUACAUAUAA